GAGCACAGCAACAGUGAGAAUGGCAGCACCAACGUGGUACUGCCCGUAGGAUCUCAUUAAAAAGCCUGUUCUGUAUCUUAGCCAAGACAGGCGAACCCGGCCUGUCUUUUAUGGGCGGGGCACACGAUGCUCUACCACGAUGAAUGGCUGGUCCAACCAACCGUCGAGUUCCGACGAUAUAAUGGGGGAUUCAUUGCGACCGCCGCCGGCUCCGCUCCCUCCUCCUUCAACUCCGUCUCGAUCGGGGCUUCUUCCCAUAAUACAUAAGGGGCAAAAAGCGGAGAGGAAGAAGAUGAAGGCCACGGUGAAGGGCCGGUACGAGGUCAACAAGAGUGCCGCCGCCGCCACCCUCGCUCUCCUCGCCGGCGACGCCCGCCUUAAGGCCUCCGUUACAGAGGCCACAUUCGCCAACGGCCCGUCCCUCGAAGACCUCGUCCUCUCCCUCGAGAAGCACGGCGCCUUCAUCCUCGACUACAACGUCGCCGACAAGGAUGUGAGGUUUCAGUUCAUGAACUCGUUCAAGGCGGCGGAUAAAACCGUUAAUUUGGCCUACACGCACGCCAGAGCGGCCAACCGAACCGUGGUGGAUGGGUCGUUGCUGUUCGAUCCGGCGAACAAGGUUUCGUUGUGCUAUGCGUUCGGGUCGGGGAACUGCAAGGUGAAGUAUUGGUACGCCCACGGGGAGCUUAAGAGGACGGUGCUGGAGCCUUGCUAUGAUGUGUCGAAGAACGCUUGGGAUUUUGCCUUGACGAGGAAGUUCGACGGCGGUGACUCCCUGAAAGCGAUUUACCAUACGACAACUAAGAAUCUUGGAUUGGAGUGGAACAGGGAUUCCCAGGAGAAAGGCUGCUUCAAGAUAUCAGCAUCGUUCAAUCUGGCAGAGAAGCAGGGGACUCCCACACUGAUGGUGGAGAGUACCUGGAAUUAUGAAAUAUGAGCAUGCAGGAGGAGUGGUCUAUUGAGUGGUAAAUUAUGUUAGUUUUUUAUCCAAUCGAUUUUCAUCAGUCACAACUUAUUUCAAAGUGGAUGUGUUAGUGUUUGUGUACGUGCACUUUUAUCUCAAUCAAUUCAGAGGGAGCAAAUCAUGAGACUGUGUUUGUC